CUGUGGCCUGUUCAAUUUUGUUUAUUUUACACUUAAGCAAGAACUUCAAGAGCUCUCAAACAAGGCAGCGUUUUCCACAAAAUAAGAAUAUAUUCCGUAUAUGUGUGGCGUUUUCCAUUGUGAAAUAUGCCCGAUAUUAAAGUAACUCCCCUGGGAGCUGGUCAGGAUGUUGGCCGUAGCUGUUUGCUGUUGUCGAUGGGCGGCAAAAACAUCAUGUUGGACUGUGGCAUGCAUAUGGGCUAUAACGAUGAAAGACGGUUUCCAGAUUUCUCAUACAUUGUACCCGAUGGACCGAUAACCAGUCACAUUGAUUGCGUUAUAAUAUCACAUUUUCAUUUGGAUCACUGUGGGGCCUUACCGUAUAUGUCGGAAAUGGUGGGCUAUUCGGGACCGAUUUAUAUGACCCACCCAACAAAGGCCAUCGCUCCAAUUCUGCUAGAGGAUAUGCGAAAAGUAGCGGUUGAACGUAAGGGCGAAUCCAAUUUCUUUACCACUCAAAUGAUAAAAGAUUGCAUGAAAAAGGUAACUGCUGUAACAUUACAUCAAAGUGUAAUGGUGGAUAGUGAGCUGGAAAUAAAAGCCUAUUAUGCUGGACAUGUAUUGGGAGCAGCAAUGUUUUGGAUUCGUGUUGGUUCACAAUCCGUUGUCUAUACAGGUGAUUAUAAUAUGACUCCCGAUCGUCAUUUGGGUGCUGCUUGGAUUGAUAAAUGUCGUCCUGAUCUGCUGAUAUCUGAAAGUACCUACGCCACCACAAUACGAGAUUCUAAACGUUGCCGUGAAAGAGAUUUCCUAAAGAAAGUACAUGAAUGUGUAUCGAAGGGAGGAAAAGUUUUGAUACCCGUGUUUGCAUUGGGCCGAGCACAGGAACUAUGUAUUUUGCUGGAAACCUAUUGGGAGCGUAUGAAUCUUAAGUAUCCCAUAUAUUUUGCAUUGGGUCUAACCGAAAAAGCAAAUACCUAUUAUAAAAUGUUUAUUACCUGGACUAAUCAGAAGAUAAGAAAAACUUUUGUGCAUCGCAAUAUGUUUGAUUUUAAACACAUUAAACCCUUUGAUAAGACGUAUAUUGACAAUCCUGGUGCAAUGGUGGUGUUCGCCACACCUGGUAUGUUACAUGCUGGUUUGUCACUGCAAAUCUUCAAGAAAUGGGCACCCAAUGAAAACAAUAUGGUCAUUAUGCCGGGUUACUGUGUGCAGGGUACCGUGGGUAACAAGAUUUUAAGUGGUGCCAAAAAGGUUGAAUUUGAAAAUCGUCAGGUGGUGGAUGUUAAAAUGUCUGUGGAAUAUAUGAGCUUUUCGGCACAUGCUGACGCAAAAGGUAUAAUGCAGCUCAUACAAAAUUGUGAACCGAAAAAUGUAAUGCUGGUUCAUGGGGAAGCUGAAAAAAUGGCAUUUUUGCGUAAUAAGAUACGCGAAGAAUUUAACAUUGAAACGUAUAUGCCAGCUAAUGGUGAAACAUCUGUCAUAUCAACCCCCGUCAAAAUACCCGUCGAUGCUUCUGUUUCGUUGCUUAAAGCUGAAACUCGCAUUUAUAAUGCUCAACCACCCGAUCCCAAGCGUAGACGUCUGAUACAUGGCGUUCUUGUAAUGAAGGACAAUCGUAUUAUGUUACAAAACCUCACAGAAGCUUUAAAGGAGAUCGGCAUAAAUAGACAUGUUAUGCGUUUUACUUCCAAAGUAAAAAUGGACGACCCAGGACCAAAAAUACGCACAGGCGAAAAACUGUUAGCCUUGCUACAGGAAAAACUAACCGGUUGGACUGUGACAAUGCAAGAGAAUUGUACAAUUGUUGUCGAAACCGUUGAGAUAAAAAUUGAGGAAGAUGAAAAAGAUCCGAAACAUAAGACAUUGUUAAUCACAUGGACCAAUCAAGAUGAAGAUAUUGGUGCAUAUAUAUUGAAUUUGUUGCAAAAUAUGUGUUAGAGGCCAAAGGGGCCGCUUAUUAUAAUUUUUUUAACUAAAAGCAUUCCAAAAUUUGAAUGCUAGCUUUAAUUUUUAAGUGAAAAG